AUGAACGCUCUCGUUCGCAGCGACGUCUUGCAGAAGAACCUGGCCGCCGCCACACGCGCCGAGAUUGAGAGUUUCCGCGACGAGCUCGAGCUCGAGACGGGCAUCGAGGAACGUCUCGGCGACGUUGAGGAGCGAAUGGAGAGGCUCGAGACGAAGAUGGCGGACGUUGCGCGAAUGAUCAGCUACCUCGGCGGCGACAAGGCCCACGAGAGCGUGCCCAAGACCCUGGCCAGCGUCGUCUGUCAGAAUGCUCGCCUACGCUCUUCCGGCUUCACCCUCGACGCUGCCUGUCGCUUGAUGACGCUGCUGCUGGAAAACUACGGCGCCACAGGCCACCAAGAGGCCACACCAGAGCCUGCUGUCGAGCCCGAACACGACUCGGGGGACGAUGCCGUCGUGGACCCCGAGGUCUUCAAGGAGCUGACGAGGGAGCUGCAUGCUAAGCCUGCUAUCGAUACCGAUGUGGCUGGAGGCAAGAGCUGCGCAGCAGCCCGCAAGCUCAUUAAUAUGGCCGGUGCAGGCUUUAACGCCCAGCCCGAGUGUCCGGACAGCAAAGAGUCGGUAACGAAAUCGCCGAGCCCCAGCGUCAGCAGGUAG